AUGAAUUUUCUACCCGUGAUUACAGACUCCCCCCGGUCUACGCCAUCGCAGAUCCCUUCUCUCUCUCUCUCUCUCUACAUACACUGUACGUAUUUCGGUAAUAAGAGUUGACAAUGGCGGUACCCGUGGUGAAAUUCCCGAUCAUCCUUGUGGUGAGGAUCCUCGGAGUCCUAGUGGCAGCCCUGGUGUUUAUAUGGAACGUGCAUUACCGAGGAGGAUUGGCUCUCGUUUCUGACAACAAAGCUCUCAUUUUCAACGUCCAUCCAGUAUUAAUGGUGAUUAGUCUUGUCCUUCUGAAUGGCGAAGCUAUGCUAGCUUACAAGACUGUUUCAGGAACCAAGAGCUACAAAAAAUUAGUUCAUCUCUCAUUGCAAUUCCUGGCUUUCUGUUUGAGCGUAAUUGGCAUAUGGGCUGCUUGGAAAAAUCACAUUGACAGGGGCAUUGACAAUUUCUAUAGUCUGCAUUCAUGGCUCGGUUUAGCUUCCUUCUUUUUGUUCGGCAUUCAGUGGGCAGCUGGAUUUGCAACCUAUUGGUACCCAGGUGGUUCGAGAAACAGCAGAGCUACCCUGAUGCCAUGGCAUGUAUUUUUUGGGGUUUACAUAUAUGCCCUUUCAGUUGCUACUUGUGCUACAGGUAUCCUAGAAAAAGCCACAUUCCUUCAAAGCCACCAGAUUAUAACGCUCUAUUCUACUGAGGCAAUGUUAAUAAACUCUUUGGGCAUCUUGAUUGUUGCUCUGGCUGGUUUCGUUGUUCUUGCGGUUGUUUCUCCUGCAAAUGGCAAAGGCGACACUCUUAGGGUAUCAACAGAGUAGGGUGAGGUGCACUGGUUUUAAACUAAUUAGGCAACACAGAAGUGUAUUCUUGUGUUUGGAAUUAGAGGCUUUGUACUUGCAGAUUUCCUCAAUAUGUUUACACUUGAACCCUUUUGUAGGUAAAUACUUUCUUUCUUUGUU